AUGGCCACACCCAGAGGCACUAAGGACAUCGCGAACAAGAAGACGAAGGGGCUCAUAGACCACAAGAAGAUCCAGAAGGAGAAGACACUAGCAAAACGUGCCGCUGCCGCUGAAGGGGUCAAAGCGAAGAAAACCUUGUCUGCGCCUGUUGCUGUCGUCUUCGCCAACGUUGCGCCCGUGCAAGACGAAUCCGCUGACGAAGGCGAGACACAUAGCAUGAUGAAGGAAGUCGAGGAGUGUAUCAAAGAGAUGACGAUCAAGCAGCCCCUUGAUAUCGUCGCACACCGCAAAGCUCUGGAAGCCGCACUAUACGAUAACAUGGAGACACCGCGACAGAUGCUGGCUCGCUGCAAGUAUACCGCAUCCAUUGACGCAGAGCAUCAUCCUGUCGACGGAGACGAGGUUGCAAAUGAGGCUGAUCGUUCAGAAACUGACGCGCUGAGCUCGUUCAGGUCAACGCUUAAAUGCCUGGACGACAACUGUUUCGAGAUCACGCCAAUGAUAACUGGUUUGACCGAAGACAACUUGACAACACCAACCAAGACCACUUCCUCGCUUGCGCUCCUCCGCUUAUUUGACUUAGUUAAGGAUGCUGGCCAAACUAAAGUUGGUGCCUUCGGUUCGUCUGUCUCUUUUGCACCUGACUCCGGCGAGGCUACAGAGUGCGACGAAAUCAUAGUCAACCUCCCCGAUGCGGGUAGACACCCUCACGGCCCUGUCAACAUGGGCCACAUGCCCUCUGUCUCCGGUGCUCGGGUCAACGCGAAGCCAGUCGAGGUUCGCACAUUGGAGUCUGUUGAGACUGAGAUGCGUCUCUCCCACGACAAAAGCUCCUUUAGCGCACCUCCGUUGGUGGAUCCCGCUAUCAUCAGAUACAAGAUCAAAGGUCAGGCUCUUGUUGUCGUCGAUAAUCAUGCUCAAAUGACGAGCUCGUCCACAGAUGAUCGCGGUGAAGACAGCAACAUGCUGAGACUUUUCACAGGAUGUCGCGUCAUGUCUUCGCGUAGCUUAUCGCCAACAUCCUCCCAUCGAUCCCGCGCAUCGUCGCCUGUUGACCCUCAUCGGGCAUUUACGCCAUCCACACGAUACUCUGUCUCUCCGCCCCCAGAGCUGCCUGUCUGGUUCGUAUCAUCUGGUAUGCCUAGCUACGUCGAUCCACGUAGUUCCAAGUGGGCGUCCCAGCCCGAUGAGGCAGAGAAAGCAGCUCCUGCAGCACCAGAGGCCAGCGCCGCAGCACCAGCGUCUGCGACUACCGACAGCGCGACGUCCUACGACCCCGCCUAUAACGACCCGUCAAUAGACCCAUUCGCUCAGACAGCAAGUACAGACGACCUUUUCUUCGACGACGAUAUUACGCCAAUCGCCGAGCCCGUUAUCGAGCAGAAUCCCGUCGAGCUGCAACCUUCGGCCGCCGAAUUUGUACCCGACGAAGUACAUCCGCCGACAGCACCCCAAGCACAUGUGGCCCCGCAUGCGCCCCGAGAGCCACGUAGCGCGGAGAGAGGUGGCCGUGGCCGUGGUAGGGGACGAGGCCGCGGAAGAGGUCGUGGGGGACACAACACCGACAUUCGUCUAGAGCAGAACGACAAGAAGGCAUCCGAGGCUUCCAAGGAAGCGACGCCCGCCCCAGCCGUCAACGCUGCCGGAGCCGAUGCUCCAGAAUCCUCAGCUCCUGCUUCCGCACCCACGGAGCCCAAGGAGAAGCCCACACACGCUGUGCGCGGCGAUAGAGGCCUGACUGGCGGCCCUGCCCGUACGCGCCUGACAGAAGAGGAACUGAAUACGAAGCUUGCCAACAUGCGCAUCAAGAAUGAAGCACGCCAAAGCGCUCAUGCUCGCGCCGAGGCUGACAAGGGCAACUUUGAGGCUCGGGAAGCCGUCAUGCGAAAGCAGGAUGUGGAACGCAAGAAGGCCCUUGCUGAGAAACAGAGGGCAGAACAGAAGGCAUUGGCCGAGAAACAAAAGGCAGAACGCCAGAGUCGUCAGCAGAUGAUGGGAGAGCGUGAAAAGAACCGGCAGCGCAAGCUCAAUGCUCAGAUGGGCAGGGAGUGGGACUUUGAGAAAGAGGAUGGCUUCUCUGGUACUGGAGAGGAGAAACGACGAGGUGCUGCCCGAGGUGCACAUGGUGGCAUCGCACCCUCUAGACCAACCGACAACGCAUCCAACGGGGCCGAAGACUAUCAUGAGCCUGUUGCACAAUCAAGUCGUGGACGUGGUCGUGGUGGAGGUAGAGGCCGUGGUGGUAGGGGUGGCCGUGGCGACUACCGGGAGUCUGACUCGCGGCCGACAGGAGCCCAGAAAAAGCGCGACGAUAUCCCGCCUUCAGCAUCAGACUUCCCAGAAUUACCUUCCACCAAGGCCAAAGCAACUACAGAGACGAAGGAUAUGGACGACCUGACUGGCUUGCCGUCACCCAUGGAGAAAGGACGUAGUUGGGCUGACGAGGUCGGCUCGUAUGUGCAAGUCACUGAAGCACAAGGCCCGGAAAGUCAUUCAGGCUCUAUUGUCAACGAUACCAUCAGUCACGAAUCCGAGAGCGAGUCGGACGAUUGCCACAUCGGAGAUGGUAUGCCGCCGCGUGACCCAGAGCGCUCGACUAUAGCAAACACUAGAGAUGGUCAGAGAAGAGUAUGGAUUAUCACACCCGGACGUCCACGAAUGGAACCGCUUGAGAUGGAGCAAGCCGUAUUCAUGCGAGGUGGAACCGGCUCAGAUGAUGAUGACGAUGACGACGACGAUGGUAGUGGUAUGAGGACAGUUCGAGGCGCACAGGAAGAUUCAACGUGGAGGCAUUCUCGUGGCGAUUAA